AAUGGAGGAACACACAGAGGCAGGCUCAGCACCAGGGCUGGGGGAACAGAGGGCCCUAAUUGACAACACUGCCGACAUCCUGGUCAUUGCGGCUUAUUUCCUGCUGGUCAUUGGUGUCGGCUUGUGGUCCAUGUGCAGAACCAACAGAGGCACCGUUGGCGGCUACUUCCUGGCGGGACGAAGCAUGACGUGGUGGCCGGUCGGGGCCUCUCUCUUCGCCAGCAACAUCGGCAGUGGCCACUUCGUGGGCUUGGCAGGGACGGGCGCGGCAAGCGGCCUGGCUGUGGCUGGAUUUGAGUGGAAUGCGCUGUUCGUGGUGCUGCUACUUGGCUGGCUCUUCGCGCCCGUGUACCUGACCGCGGGCGUCAUUACGAUGCCGCAGUACCUGCGCAAGCGCUUUGGCGGCCAUCGAAUCCGCCUCUACUUGUCCGUGCUCUCGCUUUUUCUGUACAUCUUCACCAAGAUUUCGGUGGACAUGUUCUCCGGGGCGGUAUUCAUUCAACAGGCUCUGGGCUGGAACAUCUAUGCCUCCGUCAUCGCGCUUCUGGGCAUCACCAUGAUCUACACUGUGACAGGAGGGCUGGCAGCGCUGAUGUACACGGAUACGGUGCAGACCUUCGUCAUUCUCGCGGGGGCCUUCGUCCUCAUGGGUUACGCCUUCCACGAGGUGGGCGGGUAUUCGGGGCUUUUCGACAAAUACCUGGGGGCAAUGACGUCCCUGACGGUGUCCGAGGAUCCGGCGGUGGGCAACAUCUCCAGCUCCUGCUAUCGACCCCGGCCCGACUCCUACCAUCUGCUCCGGGACCCUGUGACGGGGGACCUGCCGUGGCCUGCGCUGCUUCUGGGGCUUACCAUCGUCUCAAGCUGGUACUGGUGCAGCGACCAGGUCAUAGUGCAGCGCUGCCUGGCUGGGAAAAACCUGACCCACAUCAAAGCGGGCUGCAUCCUGUGCGGCUACUUGAAGCUGAUGCCCAUGUUCCUCAUGGUCAUGCCGGGCAUGAUCAGCCGCAUUCUUUACCCGGACGAGGUGGCGUGCGUGGUGCCAGAGGUGUGUAAGCGCGUGUGUGGCACCGAGGUGGGGUGCUCCAACAUCGCCUACCCGCGGCUCGUCGUGAAGCUCAUGCCCAACGGUCUGCGCGGACUCAUGCUGGCGGUCAUGCUGGCCGCGCUCAUGUCCUCGCUGGCCUCGAUCUUUAACAGCAGCAGCACGCUUUUCACCAUGGACAUCUACACGCGCCUGCGGCCCCGCGCGGGCGACCGCGAGUUGCUGCUAGUAGGACGGCUCUGGGUGGUGUUCAUCGUGGCCGUGUCGGUGGCCUGGCUUCCCGUGGUGCAGGCGGCGCAGGGCGGGCAGCUCUUUGAUUACAUCCAGUCGGUCUCCAGCUACCUGGCGCCGCCGGUGUCGGCCGUCUUCGUGCUGGCGCUCUUCGUGCCCCGCGUCAAUGAGAAGGGCGCCUUCUGGGGACUGAUCGGGGGCCUGCUGAUGGGUCUGGCACGCCUGGUUCCCGAGUUCUCCUUUGGCUCGGGCAGCUGCGUGCGCCCCUCGGCGUGCCCCGCGCUCCUCUGCCGCGUGCACUACCUCUACUUCGCUAUCGUGCUCUUCGUCUGCUCCGGCCUCCUCACCCUCGUGGUCUCGCUGUGCACACCGCCCAUCCCGCGCAAGCACCUCCACCGCCUGGUUUUCAGUCUCCGGUACAGCAAGGAGGAGCGGGAGGACCUGGAUGCUGAGGAGCUAGAAGGUCCACCCUCAGCCCCUGUACAGAACGGGCGCCCUGAGCAUGCGGUGGAGAUGGAGGGUAAGGCACUGCCCUGGGGGAGCAGACUAACUGUACGGCCGCAAUUUCUCCCAGAGCCCCCGUCCCCAGCACCAGGCCUGUUCCGCCAGUGCCUGCUCUGGUUCUGUGGAAUGAGCAGGGGUGGGGCAGGCAGUCCCCCACGCCCUACCCAGGAGGAGACGGCUGCCGCAGCCAGGCGACUGGAGGACAUCAGUGAGGACCCAAGCUGGGCCCGUGUCGUCAGCCUCAAUGCCCUGCUCAUGAUGGCCGUGGCCACGUUCCUCUGGGGCUUUUACGCCUGAGGUCAACUGUGUCGGGCGCCAUGAGCCACAGCCUUGCAGUGAGUGGGGGUGGGGAGCCUGCAGUGGUGAGAAGGGCCUGGGGCAGGAGAGUGCGGGGGAAGGCCCUGGUACCCCUUCUCUCUAUCUUGUCUCUGCCUGGGGCCCAGUCCAUCUGAUUGGUAGUCACUUCCUUGGCCAACUGGCCACAUCGGUGCCCCUAAGCAAAAAUAAAGCUGCCUUUCCCAGGUCCUGCUGUGGCCAAAGUGUCCUUGCUCCAGGCUCCUGUCCUGGGACCUGGGCCUCUGGCUGGGCUGCUCACAAGAGCUUCUUUUCUGGACACAGGAGCCACGUGGCCCUCCACUCAUCCACCUCUAGCUGGUGCUUCUCAGUCGUCCAGCCCGCAUCCUGCAGUCCUGGGGAGAGGGCGUAGGGCUACUGCUGGGGAGGAGACUCUGGGCUGACCCCGGGGAGGGGGAAGGAGCAGCACAGGCUGGGUGUACUGCUCAGGUUCCCCUUGCCUCUGCUGGGUAAUCUCUGGCAUAAAAUGAGCCUAAAACCUCA